AUGCUGCUUCCAUUCUUGCUCACAUGCCUUGGAGGCGUGGGAUGUCUCUAUCUCUAUCACGUGGAUCAGGGCUUGAAACGGGUGCCAGAGGAGGCUCGUCGUCUUUCUCCUCGCCGCUGGACCGUGGACGAAAUCAAGGACGCUCAUGAAAAGAUCAUCCACUCGCCCGUCGACGUGAGCAAGAGUCUUCCUCCAAGACAGAAUCGGCGUUACGUUGUGAUUGGCGGUUCCGGUUUGGUUGGCAACUGGGUGGUGACGCAUCUUCUGGCCCGCGGCGAGAAUCCGGCGGCUAUUCGUGUUCUGGACCUUCAGGCUCCAAAGCGUGAGAUUCUCGAUCAAGGGGUUGCCUUCGUCCAAACGAACAUUGUCGAUGAAAGUGCCGUUCGGAGCGCGUUCUUGCAGGCAUGGCCCCCGACGGUUGCCGACUUGCCUUUGACCGUGUUCCACAACGCGGCAGUGAUCAGACCCGCGGAGCGACGCAAGGCCUUCCUGCCCCUUUGCCGGAACGUGAAUGUGGGCGGAACCGCCAACGUGCUGAAGGCCGCCAAACGCGCCGGUGCGAGCUGCCUGGUGGCCACGUCGUCGGGCUCUGUCACUAUUCGUCCGCCAUCUUAUUGGCUUGCCCCCUGGACGCAAAUCCCCAAGUACCUGGUGCAGGUGAUCAGGGAUUCGGACCCGUUGCCCAAGGAGCAUGAUCAAUUCUUUAGCAACUAUGCCGUGACAAAAGCCGAGGCGGAGGGAAUGAUCCGCGGCGCCGAUGACCUUGCAUCCAAUUUCCGAACCGGUUGUAUUCGUCCUACCAAUGGCAUCUACGGCAUUGGGGUCGAAAACAGCGCCACCAUCGUUGGGCACUAUCUCCGAGAUGGAGGCGCCCCAAGCUGGCUGUACGAUGUCAUCCAAAGUUUCGUCAACGCCGAGAACGUCUCCAUCGCUCAUCUCCUAUACGAGCAGCGACUGAUCGAGCACACCAAGCACAGCACCCAACUCCCGAACAUCGGCGGACAGGCCUUCGUCGUGACCGACCCCAACCCGGCAAUCACCUUCGGCGACCUCUACCUUCUGCUGACCACGCUGGUCAAAACCCCCAUGAGCUUCCCAUGCGUCCCGGCGGUUCCGUUCUUCCUUCUCUCCUACCUGGUGGAGUGGUACGCGCUGCUCCAGCAUCUCUACCUCCCCUGGCUCCCCAAGGUCAAGCGCGAUCUGGCCCAGUUGCAACCGGGCCUAUUCGCGAUCUCAAAUGUCCACGUCGUGGCCGAUGAUUCGCGCGCUCGCCUCAGUCCCGAACAGGGCGGGCUUGGCUAUUCCGCGCCCGUAACCACCCUGGAAGGCAUGUGCAAGGAGGUGGAGGAGUGGAACCGGAAGGCUGAUCAGAAGACUGCUGAUGCUAUUGCGAACAAGCCGCUUUUUGAGAUAUCGAGGGAGGGGGUGGACGUGAAGCUGGCGACACCGGAAAAGAAACUUUAA